GUGAGUACUCGAACAUCCUUGGAGGCCUAAUUAGGAAGCAUUUCCCUGGGAUUGUCAAUCUCCCUAGUGGUGGCCGCGAUGUGGCUUGGACUUGGAAGCACUACAGCUACGCGGAAGAUCCUAGCGGCAAGUGCGCCAACAUGCAAGAGCGGGUUGUCCGCCACUUCUGGAAAUACUUCACGAGGGCUGAGGGCAAGGAAAUUGCGUGCGACGUUAUCUUACACGAGUUGUGCAGGGUGAGGGUGACUGGCAUGCACUACGAGGCACGUGUCCAGUGCGUCCGCGACUGGCACGCCGAGCGCAAAGUUUGGAUGAGUAAGGCUGAUUGUCGGGAUACGCUCAUGGCACCGUGGCAGUACCUGCAGAACCCUCCUCAGUACGUCGGGGAAGACAAGGCGUGCUUUCUUGCGAUGGUCAUAUGGUGGACAUCCGCCGAGUACGCCCGGAAGCACGAGGAGGGCAAGCAGAAGCGUUUAGAGAUGGGAGGUGGAUCACAUGUCCUGGGCAGCAAGAACUUGGCCCUUACCUUGCAGCAAGAGGAAGUGAAGACAGGCGUGACACCAAACUUGUUUGGCCUUUUCCAAAAGUCCAAGACCAGGAGGGAGCCGCAUCCUGAAACGGGGUCCGUGUGGGUCAACGGGCUAGCGGAGGCCCAGUGUGGCGCGUACCGCUCGAAGUUCAAGGACAAGCACGGCGAAGACGCCGACCCAACCACCGAAGACUUUGACGUUGAGGUUGCGGUGCUUGCGGGACAAGGCAAGAAGGGUGGCCGCCUAUGGAUUGCUGACGGGUUAGUCGACCCAACGACCAUUCCAUCUCUACGCCAGAUCCGUCGUGGGCGUACGAGCGAGCAGCCUCGGGUAGAGACCCGCCCACGGGCUUCAGACCUAGCUGUGGAGAAGUUACGGGCGGAGAUGGAAGAAAGGGAACGGAGGCACCAAGAGGAGCAGAUGCAGAUGCAGCAGCAGCUUAGGGAGAACAUGCAGAUGCAGCAGCAGAUGUUGCAGCAGAUGCAACAACAGCAGCAGAUGUUCCAGCAGAUGUUCAUGAACCAGACCGUGCUGACUUCACCACCGGGGAGUAGUGGUCCUAGCACGUCGUGUCCUCCUAUGUUCCCACAUUUUAUCCCCACGCCCGAUCCGGCUGUGAUGGCGCUCCUCCAGCAAGCGCCAAGUCGAGCCCGCCGACACCUGGCUUGA